AUGCCUUCUUCCCAGGAUUCAGGGGUGACUGGCGCCGCCAAGUUCGUCACCUCGACCCUCGGCAACACGGUCGGUGGGGUCUCUCGCACCGUCGGCGGGGUGACGGGGGCCGCCGGGCGAGGCGUCGGCGACACCAUUACGGGGGCGACGGGGAGCGCAGGCAAGCCCGUCGGGGAUGCGUUGGGUAGCGUGGGAACUGGAGUCGAGGACGGGGCCCGGAGGAUUGCACGGGGAAUCGAGGAUGCUGGACAGUGGAAAUGA